AUGUCGUUGUUGCUUCCCGAUUCAGACAGCCGCGAGACUUCAAGACGCCUCCAGCCCCCUCGCAGAAGGGAGAAGUGGAGCAUCGGAGCACUCGAUCGCGGUGGAGCAGAGGAGGCGUGGAGGAGAGGAGGCGUGGAGGAGAGGAGGCUUGGAGGAGAGGAGGCGUGGAGGAGAGGAGGCGCGGAGGAGGAGGAGGCGCGGCGGAGAGGAGAGGAAGCGCGGAGGAGAGGAGGCGUGGGGGAGAGGAGGCGCGGAGCAGAGGAGAGGAGAGGAGGCGUGGAGGAGAGGAGAGGAGGCGCGGAGCAGAGGAGGCGUGGAGGAGAGGAGGCGCGGAGCAGAGGAGGCGCAGAGAGGAGAGGAGGCGCGGAGGAGAGGAGGCACGGACGAGAGGAGGCGCGGAGGAGAGGAGGCGCUAAGGAGAAUUCCUGCCGGAGCAAGGUGGAGCUGUUGCUACCUGCUGCUGCUGCCUUGUGCUGUAGCUGGUGCUACCAAGAUGGCGACCGCUACCUCCCGCUCCCUCCUCCUCUCCCCUGUGCUGCUGCUGGGGCUACGAAACUGCUGCAUUGGAGGUGGAGAGAGGAGACGACUAGGCAGCUGCUGGGAGCAGAAGAGAAGGCCAGCUGCUAUCUCCCUCGCUUCUACCUACCUCCCACCCAUGAGCUGCAUCAGAGGAGAGGAGCAGAGGAGAUGCAUCAGGGGAGGAGGAGCAGAGGCGAUGCAUCAGAGGAGGAGGAGCAGAGGAGAUGCAUCAGAGGAGGAGGAGCAGAGGAGAUGCAUCAGAGGAGGAGGAGCAGAGGAGAAGCAUCCGAGGAGGAGGAGAUGGAGCAUAGGUGGAGCAGAGGAGGUGGAGAAGCAAAGGAGUUGGCUCAGCCGAGGAGCAGCAGAAGAGGAGACGAGGAGCAAAGUAGCGAUGGAGCGAAGAAGCACAGUGGUGGAGUAAAUAUGUGA